AAACCCAUUUUCCAACUCUAAAUACACAUUUUAGUUUCUCAUUUCCUCACUCAUCUUUUCAUCACUUUCAUCUGUUGAUUCCUUCUUGUUGACUUGUGGGUACUGGCUCUUCUUGUGAGACAUGGCUAAGCUAAAACUUGUUACUAUCUUGAUGACUAUUGUGUUAGCUCUUGGAACAAUUCAAGAAGGGAAACCUCAUGGAGACCAACCUUUAGCAUCAAUUGCCAUUCAUAAGACAUUAUUUGAUCUGAAUGAAGAAGCUUAUGUCAAAGCCUCUCCAACACUUCUUGGAUCUGAUGGUAAACAUAGUGAGUGGGUACUUGUCGAAUAUAGUUCUCCACACCCAUCAGAUGAUGAUUGGAUCGGUGUCUUUUCUCCUGCAGCUUUCAAUGCUUCGAUUUGUCCUGCAGAAAUAGAAUACGUUGAUCCACCUCUACUGUGUUCUGCUCCUAUCAAGUUUCAGUAUGCUAAUUAUGGAAACCCAGACUACAUAAAUACAGGCAAUGCUUCCUUGAAGCUACAACUCAUCAACCAGAGAGCAGACUUUUCCUUCGGACUCUUCUCUGGCGGUUUGCUGAAUCCAAAGCUUGUGGCAGUCUCAAACAAAGUAGUCUUUGAGAACCCAAAGGCACCAGCUUACCCGCGAUUGGCGCUAGGCAAAGCAUGGGAUGAAAUGACGGUGACCUGGACAAGUGGUUAUGGAAUCGACUUUGCAGAACCGUUUGUCGAGUGGGGCAUUACAAAAGGAGAGCUUAAACGGUCACCUGCUGGGACUUUGACAUUCGGGCGAAACAGCAUGUGUGGGGCUCCUGCAAGAACAGUGGGAUGGCGUGAUCCCGGAUACAUACACACAGCCUUUCUCAAAGAGUUGUGGCCGAAUUCAAGGUAUACAUAUAGAAUCGGACAUAAAUUUCUCAGUGGUACAUUCAUCUGGAGUAAAGAGUAUCAAUUUCAGUCUCCUCCUUUUCCAGGACAAGAUUCUCUCCAACGAGUUGUAAUCUUCGGCGACAUGGGAAAGGCUGAAGUUGAUGGCUCAAAUGAGUACAAAGAUUUUCAACACGCUUCUCUCAACACCACAAAGCAGCUUAUUCGACUUCUAAAUGGUACUGAUGUAGUUUUCCACAUUGGAGAUAUCAGUUAUGCAAAUGGAUACCUUUCCCAGUGGGAUCAGUUCACAGCACCAAUUGAGCCAAUUGCUUCCACUGUUCCAUACAUGAUUGCAAGCGGAAACCAUGACCGUGUCUGGCCCAACUCCGGAUCUUUCUAUCAAGGUCUAGAUUCUGGAGGAGAAUGUGGUGUACCAGCACAGACAAUGUUCUACGUUCCUGCUCAAAACAGAGCCAAGUUUUGGUACUCGAGUGACUAUGGAAUGUUCAGGUUUUGCGUGGCCAACACAGAACUAGACUGGAGAGAAGGGACAGAGCAAUACAACUUCAUCGAGAACUGCUUAGCAUCAGUUGACAGACAAAAGCAGCCGUGGCUGAUAUUCUUAGCUCAUCGCGUGCUCGGUUAUUCCUCUGCGGAUCAAUAUGGUAUUGAAGGUUCUUUCGGGGAACCAAUGGGGAGAGACAGCCUUCAGAAGCUCUGGCAAAAAUACAAGGUUGACAUAGCUAUCUAUGGCCACGCCCAUCUCUACGAGAGGACAUGCCCUAUUUACCAGAGCAAAUGCAUGUCUUCUGAGAAGACACAGUACGAGGGUCCAUUGAAUGGGACAAUCCACGUUGUUGCUGGUGGUGGAGGAGCCGGUCUGAAUAACUUCUCUUGCGUGAAACCGAAGUAGAGUGUUUUCAGAGAUAUGGAUUUCGGGUUCGUGACACUUACUGCGAUUAAUCACUCCUACCUACAGUUCGACUACAAGAGGAGUAGUGACGGACUAGUCCAUGACACAUUCAGAAUGUCAAGGGACUAACUUCUCUGAACAUGGAAUAAUUUGUGUUUUAGUACGUUUUGGACAAAAGUUAAUUUGCUAUAUAGUACGUUUACUAUUUAUAAUUGGUAAAAUAAUACAUUUUUACUAUUUGAAAAUUA